AUGAAGCUCACCGCCACCCUCGCCCUCGCCGCCCUGGCGCCCGCCUCCGGCUUCACGGCGGGCGUGCCCGCCCCCGCGGCGCUCACCCGCAUGAUGGCCGACGGCGCCCAGUCGGCCGACGCGUCGCUCGCCGUCGCGCCGGCGGGCGGCGGUAGCGGCCCCGGCAACGGCUGGGCGAUCGGCGACAUCUCCCCCGACGGCAAGCUGACGCAGCGCGUCGAGGGCCAGACGCGCAAGACGUGGGCCUUCAACGACUUCUCGAAGGACCGCGUGCAGGUCGCGCUCACGUCCGAGGGCCGCCCCGUGACGGCGGACAUCCAGCUCUGGAUCGGCCCCGACUGGACGCCCUUCUCGAUGAAGGCCUACAGCGAGGACGGCAAGCUCCGCCCCAUCCAGACCCUCAUCGGCACGCGCAACAAGGCCGCGAUGAUCGAGGUCCGCAACAACGGCGAGUACGAGUUCCCCUUCAGCGCCGCGUCCAACUACGCCCAGGGCGCCAUGGUGAACAAGCCCGCGACCAUCCCCGCCGAGGCCACGACGUCCAGCGAGCGCGUCGACGGCGGCGCCCUCCGCUCCUACCCCAUCGACGCCUCCGUCAAGCAGCUCGAGGUCGUCCUCAAGACCGACGGAAAGCAGCUCAACGCGCGCAUCGAGCUCCUCAACGCGCCCAACAACCCCAAGCAGACCUUCGAGUGCUUCACCAACAACGGCGAGCUCAACUCCCUCUGCGUCUGCUUCAACAUCCCCGACGAGUACACGACCGUCCGCGUCAUCAACCUCGCGCCCGUCGAGUUCCCGUGCAACGUCCACCUCAACGAGAAGUAG